AUGGUGAAGACUAGGAGUUCAGGGGUGAUAAAAGCUGACGAGUCAGCAGUUAGAGAGCAUGAGGUUGAAGGUGAGGAGGGAUUUGAUGAUGAAGAAGAGGUGGAGGAGGGAUUUGAUGAUGAGGAAGAAGUCGCUUUGAAGGCCAGGAAGAAGAAGGGCAAGGCAGUUGCUCAUCAUGGAGAUGUAGAGGAGCCUUCAGAGAAGAAGUCUUGUAAGAGGAAGAGUGAGGCAAAGGAAGACAAUGGGAAGAAAAAAAGACUGAGACCUAAAUACCCUAACAUGCGGUGUGCUCCAAUGAGGCUAUAUGAUACUAUGGUGAAGAUUAAAAAGGACGACGCAAAGCGUAAGGACAUUGAAGAUAUAGGACUUGGUUGUUUGAUUGAGAUGAAUGGUUUUGUUAUACACCGUGGCCUUGUCAAUGCACUUUUUGGGCGUUUUGAUCCGAAGAAUAUGGUGCUGAGGGUUCAUGGACUUGAAUUGAAUGUGUCUGCCAAGGAUGUGGAGCAUGUGUUGGGGUUGAAGGACAGAGGUCUGGACAUUAAGAAGCUGUGUUCCCUUGAUGCUCAGAGUGAUUUGCAGCAAUGCAGAGCUGAUCUUGGGUUUGAAAGAACAGGAGAAAUAUUUGCUGGUUAUUUGGAAGAAAGGAUAACAAGUCUCCCGGCUGGGCUGAAGCACAAGGCAGCAUUUUUGCUAUAUGCGCUGCUUGUAUUCCUCAGGCCAGAGACUGGUAUGAAGGUUUCGGAUUUGAUGAUUAGGUUCCUACCUCACAUUGGUAGGUUGAAGAAAUUCAACUGGGCUAGUUAUGUCCUGGAUGGCAUUGUGGAGUGGGCAGAGAAAGUUGCAGAAAAGCCUAGAGGUUACAUCGGUGGAUGUGGGCUCUUUCUAAUGUUGUUUUACUUGGAGAGUGCACCCCUUUUGUCGCGUGAUGUACUUCCUUUGACUGAGUUGCCAUCUCCCCGAUUGUGUCAUCUAGGGAAGAUGCAAUUGAUGGAGCUGCAGAAGGCAUUGCAAAACAGGGGUGGCAUAAGUGGUCUUGAUAUGAAUUUUUAUGAUCCUAAACCACGAACCCAAUCUAUGCAUGCAAAAGUAGAUCAUGGAGGUUCACCUUCGUCGUCUAGUACGAAUGACUUGGAGGAGAAGUUCAGUGUGUUGGAGCAGAGGGUUAUGACAGUGGAUGAUAAGGUCAGCUUGAUGGACUGGAAGGUUGAUACAGUUAUGAGGGAACAGAAGCUGAUUCUUUCAGAGAUGAAAUCGAUGUUUGAUUUGUUACGUACAACUAUGGAGAAGAUUCAACGUGAGAUUCCUACAAAGUCAAGUGCCGUCAGUGAAGAAACUGAUAAUGCCUUCACUGAAGAAAAAAAGAAUCCAUCACCGAAGAAACAAGAAAGCAAAACGCCAUCACUGAAGAAACAAAUUAGCUCACUGAGUUGCAGGCGGACAACGCGCAAUAAAGUGCAUGGAAAUGUCAUCACUGAACAAUCAAAAAAGAUUGACAGUACUACAUUUGAAUCCUAUUUACAAAACUUAUGGAGAAAAUUGCCGGAGGAUAAAAGGAUUUCAUUUGCAUACAUAGACUGCUUGCGGUUUAGCAUGUACAUGAAUGCUUCCACUAAAGAAAAGGUGUUGGGGUGGAUCAAGAAGAAGCAAAUUUUUUCGAAGAAAUAUGUUAUUGUUCCUAUAGUCAUCUGGAACCAUUGGAACCUUCUAAUCUUAUGCAACUUUGAUGAGAGUAUGCAAUCCAAAACCAGAACUCCAUGUAUGAUGUUGCUGGAUUCUCUUGAAAAAGCUGACCCUAAGCGACUUGAACCGGAUAUAAGGAAAUUUGUAUGGGACAUCUAUCAAACAGAAGGCAGGCCUGAGGACAGAAAGUCGAUCUAUCGAAUUCCAUUCUUGGUGCCCAAGGUACCACAACAGAGAGACGAUGAAGAAUGUGGGACUUUUGUUCUCUACUUCAUAAACAGAUUUGUGCAAGAUGCUCCAGAGAAUUUCAACGUGAAGGAUUUCCCGUACUUUAUGGAUCGAAACUGGUUCAGUGCCGACAGCGUCGAUGGGUAUUGUGACAAGCUUAAAGACCUUGAAUUAUGAUUAUCUUUUCUCUUGGCUGACCUUGUGUAGUGAUUUCAAGCCUGCUGUAAAUUCUAAUCGGCUAUUAGGUCUUAAGUCUGUCUUUUUGUUACUAAGAU